UUGAUAUUUUAUCGUAGGGCGGAUAAGUGUUCCAGUUGAAUUACCUCUCGGAAGAUUUUCUUUCUUCAUCGAUCAAGGAGAAGUCUGUUCAAGAGGUAGCCAAAAUGUCGGUUAUUGGAUUGGACCUGGGAAACCAGUCCUGCUUUGUCGCAGUCGCUCGAGGAGGUGGCAUCGAAACUGUUGCGAAUGAAUACAGCGACAGAAGCACUCCGUCUAUUGUAUCACUUGGCCCAAAGCAGCGCUUCAUUGGCUCUGCCGCUAAGCAGCAGGUUGUCACUAACUUCAAGAACACCGCUACAAACUUCCGCAAUUUGCUGGGUCUGAAGUUCUCCGAUCCUGCUGUUGCGCAUGAACUCCGCUUCUCCAAUUUCAGCGCUGAAGAGACUCAGGAUGGCGAUGUUGGCAUUCAUAUGGAAUAUCUUGGUGAAGCGUGCGUUUUCAAGCCAGAACAAGUUGUUGCCAUGCUUUUGACUCAGCUGAAGAAAGUCGGAGAGAUGAACCUCAGCGGGAAAGUUAGCGAUUGCGUCAUCUCAGUACCGUGCUUUUUCGAUGAUCGCCAACGGAGGGCUUUGUUGGAUGCAGCUGCUACCGCUGGUCUCAACUGCCUGCGCCUUAUGAAUGACACUACUGCCACCGCACUCGCUUACGGUAUCUACAAGCAGGACCUUCCUGCACCAGAGGAGAAGCCGCGUAAUGUUGUGUUUGUUGAUAUGGGCAAUUCUGCUCUAAGGGUCACUCUUGCCUCCUUCAUCAAAGGCAAACUCAAGGUCUUGGCCACUGCAUGGGACUCCAAGCUUGGUGGCCGUGAUUUUGAUGAGCGCAUCCAGAAACACUUCAAUGAGGAAUUCAAGAACAAGUACAAGGUUGAUGCGUCGACAAAGCCUCGACCCCGAAUUCGUCUCAGCCAGGAGAGUGAAAAGAUCAAGAAGCUGAUGAGUGCAAACACCACCCCCAUCCCUAUGAACAUCGAGUGCUUUAUGGAUGACAAGGAUGUCACUGCCAAAAUGAAGCGCUCUGAAAUGGAAGAGUUGUGUGCCGACUUGCUUGCACGCCUGGAGGUUCCCAUGAAGAAAGUCCUCACCGAUUCUGGCCUUAGCCCAAAGGACUUGUACUCAGUCGAAGUUGUUGGUGGCUCUACACGCGUGCCUGCUGUUCGUGACGCCAUCAAGCGUGUGUUUGGCUUGGAGCUCAGCACCACACUCAACCAGGAUGAGGCUGUUGCCCGUGGAUGCGCCCUUCAGUGUGCGAUGCUCUCACCAACAUUCAAGGUGCGAGAGUUCAAGGUGGAGGACGUCGUCAGUUACCCAAUCCGCUUGACAUGGAAGCCAUCUUGCGAGGAAGAGGAAGCAGAGAUGGAUGUGUUCCCUCCUCGUCAAGCCUACCCCUACUCGAAAAUGCUUUCUUUCUUCCGCCGUGAGCCAUUCUUCAUCCAUGCCCAGUAUGCUGAUGGAGGACACACUGACCCUAACAUAGGUAGGUACACCAUCGCCAAGGUUGUCCCUACUUCAGAGGGAGAAGCCAGCAAAGUCAAAGUUAAGGUCCGCGUAAACAUCCAUGGUAUAUUUAAUGUCACGUCCGCCGUUCUUGUGGAGAAGAUCACGGCUGAGGACGCCGCUGCUGAGCCGGAGGACUCUACUGCAGGGGAGCCCUCGGGAGAAGCUGCUACUUCAGAGACUCAAAAUGGCGCCCCUGAAGGAGAUCAGCCUAUGGAUGUCGACGAGACCCCAGCCACCGAAGCAACCGAUUCUGCAAGUGCACCUGCUGCUGCUGCUGAGGAUGCAUCUGGAAAUGGUGAUGAUGGUUCGAAAAAGUCCGAGAGUGAGCCACCCAAGAAGAAGGUCAAGGUCAAGUCACAUGACUUGCCUAUUGAUGCACGCGUGGAAGGUGGUAGCACGCACGAAGCACUCACACGGCUCAUUGAACGUGAGAAUGAAAUGAUUUCACAGGACCGGCUAGAGAAGGAACGUGCCGAUGCCAAGAAUGCUGUAGAAGAGUAUGUAUAUGAAAUGCGGGAGAAGAUCUCAUCUACCCUCUCAGACUUCAUUUCUGGACCGGACAGUGAGAAGUUCUCUGCUGCUCUAACUGCCUGUGAGGAUUGGCUGUAUGAGGAGGGAGAGGAAGUCAGUCGCCAGAUCUACGUUGACAAGUUGGGAGAGCUUCAGAAAACUGGAGAGCCAAUCAAGAUGCGUGCCCGCGAGUCCUCUGAGAGGCAGCCAGCAUUUGAUACCCUUGGCAAGACUAUUGUCCACUAUAGAAAGAUCCUUUCUCUUUGCGGCGGCAAGGAUGAGAAGUAUGAGCAUCUUAGUGCGGAUGACAUCAAGAGUGUUGCUGGUCAUGUGGAAGCCAAGCAGGUGUGGAUGCACGAGCGUAUGGCCGAGGUUGCUAAGCUGAACAAGUUCGACAACCCGCCCUUCCUUUCGACGGCCAUCCUGACAGAGAAAACGGCUUUGGAGAACCUAUGCAAUCCCGUUGUCAAUAAACCCAAGCCCAAGGUAGAGCCACCCAAGGAUGCCAAGCCUGCAGAAACUGCUCCUGCACCAGAAGCAGCUGCUACUGCAGAACAGAGUCAGCCAGCUCCGGCCACAGCUAAUAUUGACGCUGAUCUGGAUUGAGAACUGUAAUUUAUUCAUCUUUUUUUUAAAUACAUUGAGCAUAUCAGACGCACCCUGGAUUUUCAUUUGCAUCUUAAGAUGGUGACCCAUUAAAUGGGCCUGCUAUUGCCCAAAUCAGUUUUGGGCAUGCGUGGGAGCAUCGCUUGAAGACUAGCCGACGCUACUGCUGAGAGAAUGGCUUUCAAAUGCAACGCGUGGUUUCUGGAUGGUACGCUGGUGGACGAUAAGCUAUGUAAAUAGCUUGCUUAGUUCUGCCUACGUGAAUUUCUCUAUCUCUUCCUACUCUUGUCUUGACAUUCUGCUAUAUGGGCGCGCAUAAUAUGGCUGGACCCUCUGCUUACCAGCGCUUUGCUUAUAUCUGUAACAGUUGUGUCGUUGUACAGCUUGCAUAGUACGCACACAAUAUUGUGCAGCCAUAAAAACUCGCUCAUCCAGAAUCACGCAAAUUGGCUCCUUUAGUCUCACCUUUCUGUUGUUGUUGUUGUUGUUGUUGUUGUUCCGCUGCUGUGCUUUUGAUGUUGAUAUCGCGCUACGCUGGCUGCGUUGCAACUUAGAGCAAGACUGCACGCUCUGUCUGUCUAUAUGUCCAUGUAAAAUGGACAAGUUCCAGUGACAGAUAUGCCAGGAAUCAGCUGAGCUGGCCUGGGCUUGGAGCUACUUUCCAUACUACUUGUGUUUCUAUUUUCCUCUUGCCAGGCAAGAUAUUUUUCCAUGUGUGUUCCUGAAAGCAUAGUUCUACCGUUCCAUGCACAUGCAGUCUACUCGCCUCUCUGCACCGUA